GGACCCCGCACCUGCCCGGGCCGCCCCCUGGGCGCCGCCCCCAGCCCUGCCCGCGCGUGUGCUCGGCCCCGCGUGCUGCUGGAGGCGGGGGAUGCGGCGCGGGGAUGCGGCCGCCGACACUGCCCGGCCCGGGUCCGAGCGCCCAGCAGGCCCCCGAGUGAUGGUCUCUCCGGCGGACGACAGCACCCCUUCUCGACCGCGUCCCACGGCGGAGCAGGUGCCGGCUGGCAGACGGGAGUGAGUGGGGCGCGGCGCCCUCCCCGAGAGACGGCAUGUCCAGGAAGGGCCGCGGCAAGGCCGAGAGGCCCGAGGCAGACGUGGACCCCGUGCAGAUGGCCAUCGAGGAGCUGCGGGCCAAGCUGGCCAGCGUCCAGCUGGAGUUCCAGCAGGAGAAGAGCAAGGUGGGCAAGCUGCGCGAGCGGCUGCAGGAGGCCAAGCUGGAGCGCGAGCAGGAGCAGCGGCGCCACGCGGCCUUCGUCUCGGAUCUGCGCGCCAAGCUGCACGAGGAGAAGACGCGGGAGCUGCAGGCGCUGCGGGAGGCGCUGCUGCGGCAGCACGAGGCGGAGGCGGCGCGCGCGGCCAAGCUGCGGGACGGGGAGCUGCUGCGGCUGCAGGCCGCGCUGCACACGCUGCGGGACGCGCCCGAUAAGGCGCGGGGCGCGCUGCAGGCCGAGGCGCGGGAGGAGGCGCGCAGGGCCUUCGAGGGCGAGCGGCUGCGGCUGCAGCAGGAGGUCCUGGAGCUGAAGGCGGCGCGGCGCCAGGCGGAGGAGGCGCUGGGGCUGUGCGUGCAGGCCGACAAGGCCAAGGCGGCCGACCUGCGCGCCGCGCACCAGGCGCACCAGGACGAGGUGCAGCGCACCAAGCGCGACUGCGAGCGCGACAUCCGCAGGCUGAUGGAGGAGAUCAAAGGCAAGGACCGCGUGAUCCUGGCCCUGGAGAAGGAGCUGGGGGUGCAGGCGGGCCAGACGCAGAAGCUGCAGCUGCAGAAGGAGGCCCUGGGCGAGCAGCUGGUGCAGGUCAAGGAGGCCGAGCGGCACCAUGGCAGCCCCAAGAGGGAGCUGCCGCCGGGCAUCGGGGACAUGGCGGAGCUCAUGGGCGCCCAGGACCAGCACGGGGACGAGAGGGACGUGCGCAGGUUCCAGCUGAAGAUCGCAGAGCUGAACUCGGUGAUCCGGAAGCUGGAAGACAGGAACACACUCCUGGCGGAUGAGAGGAGCGAGCUGCUGAAGCGCUCGCGGGAGACAGAGGUGCAGCUGAAGCCGCUGGUGGAGAAGAGCAAGAGGAUGAGCAAGAAGAAUGAGGACCUGCUGCAGAGCCUGCAGAGGAUGGAGGAGAAGCUGAAGAACCUCACGCGGGAGAACGUGGAGAUGAAGGAGAAGCUGGCAGCCUCCCUGAAGCGGCCCACAUCCCUGGGGGACCUGAGCCUGAGCCUGAGCCGCGACGAGCAGGAGAUGGAGUUCCUGCGGCUGCAGGUGUUGGAGCAGCAGCACGUCAUCGGAGAGCUGUCCUCGGAGCGGGAACGUCUGCUGCGCAGCAGGAGACUCUGGGGGAAGGGCCUGAAGCCCCCCAAGAAGCAUGUUGUGGAGACAUUUUUUGGAUUUGACGAGGAGUCUGUGGACUCGGAGACGUUGUCGGAGACGUCCUGCAAUACCGACCGGACAGACAGGGCCCCGGUCACGCCUGAGGAGGAGCUGGGAGACCCCACCCCGCGGGAGGAGGCGGACCUACGCUUCUGCCAGCUGACACGCGAGUACCAGGCCCUGCAGCGGGCGUACGCACUGCUCCAGGAGCAGGUGGGGGGCACGCUGGACGCCGAGCGGGAGUCCCGGACUCGGGAGCAGCUGCAGGCUGACCUGCUGAGGAGCCAGGCCAAGAUAGAGGACCUGGAGAAGCUGCUGGUGGAUAAGGGGCAGGACGCCAAGUGGGUGGAGGAGAAGCAGAGGCUCGUCAGGACCAACCAGGACCUGCUGGAGAAGAUCUACCGGCUGGAAAUGGAGGGGAAGCAGAUGAGGGGCGAGAUGCGGGAUGCCCGGGACCAGAACGAGCUGCUAGAGUUCCGAGUGCUGGAGCUCGAAGUAAGAGACUCUCUGUGUUGUAAGCUCCCCAACGGAGUGGACAUUCUCUUUGAGCCCAAACUGAAAUUCCUGUGACCCGGCAUGGCCCAGCCUGAGGAAGGGCUGUGUUCUAGGCCCUCCUCCCUCCUCCC